AUGGAUGGACCAGAUCUUGGGCGCGUCGAGUCGCUCGACUCGAAGAUGCAGACACCGUCGACAAUGCGCAUGGGUGUUCCACGUAUCGAUACGGAACCACUGUUCACCGCACUCAAGGCCGCUCUUGGAGAGUCAUGGCUAGAGUACAAGUCAACCUUUUCAUCCUUCUUCAUGGGUACCAUCUCUUUCGCUACUUCUGCUCAUACUGCACAUGCGCUGACCCUCUCGAUUNUAGGAAAACUCAACCAGGCCGAAUUGUCUCAAGUCACAGAUCGACUUCUCUCAUACGCACCGAGCGUCUCAUACAAUGGUGCCCUGGUUUCGACCGUCCACCUACACAAUAAGAUAUUCGGUGCUAUACACUCAAAUAUCUACCGCGACCCUCCACCGCAAGUCGUCGCAGAUUGGGUGCUAGCCACCGACGCUCCAGCUUCGGCCAGCGCAAACAAGUCUGUCUCACAAGGUGGUGGUGACAAGGCAGAAGAGAGAUUAAAACGCGAGGUUAUGGCUCUAUCUGCCCGCGACAGGAGGAGAAUUAAAAGUGCUAAGGACAACCUUCCUGCCGUGCCUCCAUCAGGUCCUUUGCGGGAGAACGCUACAUACGCAACUGCCCUGACAGUACCCGUCACCUCCUCUCAAAUACCCGAUGCCAUACCGACAAAUGCCACAUCACUCAGCAAGACGAACUGGGACCUGGAGAUUCGGAGACGAUACGCCGUGCCCUUGGCUUCUGAGAAACUAGACUUUCCUUCACGAGGAGACAUCCAGGCCCGCAUCGAGCCUAUAUGCUACGAAGAAGGUGUGGGCUUGUCGGCAGUACCAAUGACAUCCGCCGCUUUGCAGGCCAUAGCAGAGCUUGUGGAGACUGCCACAGAGACCUACGUCAAGGAGUUGUUGACAACUUGGUUCUCGGCAACACGCAGCAACGCUCCAGGAGACCUGGGUCCAAUAACAGCAAAGUUCCGCGCUCAGAUGCGCAGCGAGGAAGAUGCUGUGGAUCGAGGACAGCUCAGUAGAAGUGCUGCCGGUUACUUGCCAUGUGAGCAAGAAGCUCUCACUCGGAGGGAGCCGCUCAGUAUGGAAGAGGUGCGCAUGUCUAUGCGCUUAGACGAAACACGAUACCGACUAGAUCCCUUCCUUGCUCAGGAAAUUAUGGACAACGUUGAAAUGGACAUGGUUGACACACCAAUGGCACCAACUAAUGGCGAUGACCACCACCACGAUCUGGAUAACAAACAGGCAGACGGCGAUGCCAUGAUGACUGAUGAAGACGACGACCUGGGCUGGGAAGGCGCGACUGCUGCUGACAGAGAGGAACUGUUCGCAGUACUGGAUAAUGUCCUCGCACCUGGAGGGCCUUCGUAG